UCUUAGCUAUUCCCUCAAACCUUACUUUCGAUCCAUCUUCUUCUCCUUUUGGUUACUAUAAUUAUAUAUAUAUGAGACGUUGGUCGUCGUCUCUCAACAUAAAGGUGGCGACGAUGGAGUUUUCUUUCUUCACGUUGGCAACUAUGGUUGCUUUACUUUCCCAGACUUUGGUCGUCCCUGUCAUGUCCGUCUCUUCUUCUCCAUUUCAUUACCAAAAAACCCAUAAUUCUCACCACCCCAAUACCAGAACUCCGACCACACCUUCCAUUAACUGUGAUAGUCCCCCACACGGCGGUGGUGGCGGUGGUGGAAGCCAUCAUAGUGACCCUACUCCCGUAUCUCCUCCUUCAGGGCACCAUGGUGGUGGUGGCGGCGGCGGUGGUGGCUAUUAUCACUCACCUCCAACCUAUACUCCCACUCCGACUACCCCAACCACUCCCAUUGCAACACCGCCGGUUGAUCCAGGAACUCCGACCACCCCCAUCCUCCCUACCCCAAACUACUCUCCUCCGUCUGGAACGCCGCCGUAUUACACGCCUCCAUCUGGAACGCCGCCAUAUUACACGCCUCCAUCUGGAACGCCACCACACUACACACCUCCAUCUGGAACGCCUCCAUUUCCAUUUGAUCCAAACACGCCUCCUGCGUCUGGAACACCUCCUACUGGAUUUGAUCCAAACUCACCACCCUUCCCCUGCACUUUCUGGAAGGCGCACCCAACGCUAAUCUGGGGAAUGGUGGGGUGGAACGGAAACACCAUUCGCAGCAUGUUUGGUAUGAAUAACAAUAACAUUCCAGGUUUCAGUGGAAGCGUGAACCUUCUGGAAGCGCUGUCAAACACCCGUACGGACGGGUACGGGGCGCUUUACAGGGAAGGCACGGCGGCUAUGCUGAACUCCAUGAUGACCAAGAACUUCCCUUACACAACCCAGCAAGUGAGGGACAGUUUUGGGCGUGCGGCGCUUAGUUCAAAUCAGGCCGCCGCUGCUCAGGCCAGGCUCUUCAAGUUGGCUAACGAGGGUCACCGGCCUAAAGCCUAGAUCUUGAUUUU